AUGUAUAAGUUCAUUUCAUCUGUUAUCCGUACCGACCGAUUCAAAAACGAGAAAAAUUCUUCUUCUGAUGCAGUGAGCGAUGUCUAUUCUGAGGACCACGGCUCAAAUGAAUCGAAUGACUUUGGCCGCGGAAACGGUACCUUUAUCACAGCCUAUGCCAACAUUGUGUGUGUCAUUGCAGGCACAGGUACUCUCGGUCUGCCCAGAGCAUUUGCUGACGGUGGUUGGCUCGGUAUCCUGAUUCUGAUGCUUGCCUGGUCCAUGGCCAUCUACAGUGGUGUGGUCCUCAUCAGAUGCCUCUACCACAAGCCCGGUCAACGUCUUAGCAACUUUAAGGAUGUCGGUUAUGCUGCCUUUGGCUGGCCAGGUUAUGCUGCCGCUUCCGCUCUUCAUUUCCUCAACUUGUUUGGUUGUCCUGCACUUUACCUUGUAUUGGCAUCCAGUAACCUUAACGAACUUCUUCAGGGAACUAAAGGUGAACUUACAACUACCAUCUGGACGUGCAUUGUUGGUUCUUUCUUGCUCAUCCCAUGCUUGGUCAUGAAGACCCUCAAGGAAGUUACUGCAAUUGCUGCCAUUGGUGCUCUCUCUACAAUCAUGGCUGUCUUCAUUGUCCUCAUUCAGGCCCCAAUGGACUGUCUUGCCCAUCCUGAAAUCGAAGUCGUUCGUAACGGUGUAAUCUGGGAAGGUUUCCCCACCGCUCUUGCCACCAUUUCCUUCUCUUUCGGUGGUAACAACACCUAUCCUCACAUUGAACAUGCUUUGGGCAAGCCUCAGCAAUGGAAAUGGGCAAUCUUUGCCGGUCUGUCUACUUGCACAUGUCUUUACAUCCUAACUGCCGUUCCCGGUUACUGGUCCUAUGGCGCAUCAACCCAGUCGCCUGUCUACCUGUCUUUGCCCGACGGUGCUGCCAAGAAGAUUUCGAUGAUUGUCAUGACAAUUCACGUCAUCUUGGCCAUUCCUAUCUUCACAACCUCUUUCUCUCUUGAAUUCGAACAGUUCACAAAGGUCAACGAGCGCUUCGGUGCCGUUGGUUCUUGGUUCUGCCGCGCCAUCAUCCGUAUCUGCACCAUGGCCAUUCUUGUCAUCCUGGCCAUCUUCGUGCCUUACUUCCACGGCUUCAUGAGUCUCAUCGGUGCUUUGGCCACCUGUGGUCUCGUGUUCUUGAUUCCCAUCUUGUCCUACUUGAAGCUGACUGGUUUCCGCAACAAGCCCUGGUUCGAACUCGCAUUCUGUACCCUCACCGUAUUCCUUGGAAUCAUCGGCUGUGUCUUUGGUACCAUUAAUGCUAUCAAGGGUCUCAUCAAGGACUUCCAGUCUGAUGCUUAAAAGAGAGAGAGAAAAAUCAAUAAUAAUUACAUCCUUGAUUAAAAAAAAAAAAGGAUGAUGAUGUACUUAUAAACCAUACACACGCAUAUAUAUAUAUAUAUAUAUACAUAUAUAUGUAUAAUAAUUUAUGUAUUUUACUUUUUAUUUUAUUUUAUUUUAUUACAGCAAACAACCCACCCACCUACCCACCUACCUACCUCACCUUUACCUUCUAUACUCCUCUACUUCUCUACACCUCUACCUACCAAACAUAGUAUUCUUUAUAUAUAAGAAUAUAUACAUAUAUAUACAUACACGCAAACCCUAGUUACUUCUUUUUUUUUAAAAAAAAAAAUUCCUUUCUUCCUCUC